AUGUGCGACGACGAAGUUGCUGCUCUCGUGGUUGACAAUGGAUCCGGUAUGUGCAAAGCUGGGUUCGCCGGAGAUGACGCUCCUCGAGCCGUCUUCCCUUCCAUCGUCGGUCGACCACGUCACCAAGGUGUCAUGGUCGGUAUGGGACAGAAGGACUCAUACGUAGGAGACGAGGCUCAGUCCAAGAGAGGUAUCCUCACCCUGAAGUACCCCAUUGAGCACGGUAUCCCGACAAUAACCCACUACGAGUUCACUCACAUCACUUUUUGUGCUUCUACAAGNAUGUACCCAGGAAUCGCUGAUCGCAUGCAAAAGGAGAUGACCGCGCUUGCCCCCAGCACCAUGAAAAUCAAGAUCAUCGCACCUCCUGAACGAAAGUACUCUGUCUGGAUCGGAGGAUCCAUCCUUGCCUCUCUAUCCACCUUCCAACAAAUGUGGAUCUCUAAGCAAGAAUACGAUGAGUCCGGCCCCUCUAUCGUUCAUCGCAAGUGCUUCUAA